GCGGCGGCUGAGGGGAGCCGGAGCGUCGGUGGCGGCCCGGGCAUGAGCGACGUGGUGCAGCGGACGCUGAGCGCCCUUCCGGGCUUGUUGGGGCAGCACGACCCGGGGGGCGGCCUGGGCGGAGGAGGCGGCGCGGCCGGAGGCGGAGGGCCGGGCGGGGGCUCGGCCACCUCGCGGCUUGGCGGGCUCAUCCGGAGCAUCACCGCCCUCACCUCCAAGCAUGAGGAAGAAAAAUUAAUCCAACAGGAAUUAAGUAACUUGAAAACAACUGUUUCUGCCCCCACUACAACCCUGAGGCUGAUGAAGGAAUGCAUGGUGAGGCUUAUUUAUUGUGAGAUGCUAGGCUACGAGGCCUCAUUUGGAUACAUCCAUGCUAUCAAGUUAGCCCAGCAAGGAAACCUUUUUGAAAAAAGAGUCGGCUACUUGGCAGUUUCUUUAUUUCUCCAUGAGAACCAUGAACUAUUGCUUCUGCUUGUGAACACAGUAGUGAAGGAUUUGCAGAGCACUAACCUUAUGGAAGUGUGUAUGGCUCUUACUGUGGCAAGCCAAAUAUUUCCAAGGGAAAUGAUUCCUGCUGUCCUUCCGCUAGUGGAAGAUAAGCUGCAGCAUUCAAAGGAAAUAAUUAGAAGGAAAGCUGUUCAAGCACUGUACAAGUUCUACCUGAUCGCUCCCAACCAAGUCCAGCACAUCCAUGACAAAUUCCGAAAAGCACUUUGUGACAGGGAUGUGGGAGUCAUGGCUGCCUCGUUACACAUUUAUCUCCAGAUGAUGAAGGAGAACUCAUCUGGAUACAAAGACCUGACAAGCAGUUUUGUAACUAUUCUAAAACAGGUGGUGGGAGGAAAGCUCCCCAUAGACUUCAAUUAUCACAGCGUGCCAGCACCUUGGUUACAAAUCCAGCUUUUGAGAAUACUGGGGCUGCUUGGAAAAGAUGAUCCAAGAACCAGUGAAUUAAUGUAUGAUGUUUUGGAUGAGUCUUUAAGGAGAGCAGAGAUAAAUCACAACAUUACAUAUGCAAUCUUGUUUGAAUGCGUCCAGACAAUUUACACAAUUUACCCCAAGCCCGAUCUACUUGAGAAGGCUGCCAAAUGUAUUGGAAAGUUUGUCCUGUCUCCAAAAAUCAACUUGAAAUACUUAGGGUUAAAGGCCCUAACGUAUGUUGUCCAGCAGGAUCCCAUUCUUGCACUGCAGCACCAAAUGACCAUCAUCGAGUGCCUGGAUCAUCCUGACCCCAUUAUUAAAAGAGAGACUUUGGAACUUCUGUAUAGGAUUACCAAUGGGCAGAAUGUCACCAUCAUUGUACAGAAGAUGCUUCACUACUUGACUCAAAGCAAGGAAGAAUACACCAUCAUCAACCUAGUUGGCAAAAUAGCCGACUUAGCUGAAAAAUAUGCUCCUGACAAUGAAUGGUUCAUUCACACGAUGAAUGCGGUCUUUUCUGUAGGAGGGGAUAAAAUGCACCCAGACAUCCCAAACAGCUUCUUGAGACUCCUUGCUGAAGGAUUUGAAGAUGAAAAGGAAGAGAGCCAGCUGCGACUUCAUGCUGUCCAGUCUUACCUCAUGUUGCUAGAGGAUGAAAAGGCGGUUUACCCACAGAAAUUUCUUCAAGUGAUGAGUUGGGUGCUAGGGGAAUAUUCCUACCUUAUGAAAAAUGUUGAACCAGAAGUUGUCUUGGCAAGAUUGCAUAGGAUACUUAAGAGUAAUGCUACUGCUGAAACCAAAGCCUGGAUUGUGGCCGCAGCCACUAAAAUAGCCUCUCGUACCACAUCUUCUAAAACAGUUGAUAAACUGGUAACUGAAUUCAGUACCUCCUUGGACACCUGCAUGAGGCAAUAUGCCUUUGAGCUGGAACACUUAUGGGAAGACAGAGAAUCGAUGAAGAGAUUGUUUCCCGUGAAGGCUAGCUGUGAGGAUAUUGUGGUAGAUGCUUCCUUGUCUUUCUUAGAUGGGUUUGUAGCUGAAGGACUUGGCCGUGGCGCAGCGCCAUAUAAACCUCGUCACCAAAGACGGGAGGAGCAGCUGUCUCAGGAAAAAGCUCUGAAUUUUGAACCUUAUGGAUUAUCACUUUCCCAAAGCUCCUCAACAUCUGGCUUUCCUGGCAGACAGUCUCCAACUGGACUUUCUCUGGGUUCUGACACUUCUGGUAACAGUGCUGAGGUGGGGCAGAAGGAGUCCAACAGUCUGAAGCUUGAGGGUGUGAAGAAGCUAUGGGGAAAAGAGGGCUACCUCCCCAAGAAGGAAAGCCUGGUGGAAAAAGAAGAUAGUGUGAAAACCGUUGCAGAGAGCAAUACAUCUUCGGAGUGUACAGUUGGUAACUUUGUCUCACAGCCCAAGCAAGAGAUUCCCAGCCUCUCUGAGGAGGAGAAGGAAAAGCAGCAGCUCGCCUCGACGCUCUUUGUUGGCCUGGGAUCGCAGGGCAGCGUCAGCCUGAUGGGCAAAGGAAGCUCUACCGGCCAGAAGUUCAAAAGAAAACCUAAAACGAGUGAAGCCCAAAAUAGUGAGGAAGCAUUCAGCCUCCAAAGCACUGCUAGCCCGCCCCUCAGUCCUUUGCCUAAUGCAUUAUCUGGGAACAAACAGCCCUUCCAAAAUAAUGGACACCGAAGAUUAAGGAAAGCUUCACUGAGUUCCACUGAAGCUCCAGAAUCAAAAGUAGUGUUGGAUAGGUCUAAUUCUCUGCCAGAAGCUGGACUGAAUGAGAAGCUUUUGAGUCGCAGAUUCUCACCUUCGUCUUUGUUUGCGGACGGUAACAUGGACAUUUUUCAGCCUUCCCCAAACACACAGCAGCCUGUAGUAAAAAAACAGCUGUCUUUGACGCCUUACUUACCAGAAGACGUGGCCAAAUAUCCUCAUUCAGAAAUCUUAGAACUUUGUGGCAACGAAACCCUUGUGUUGCACUCGUGUAAAGUUUGGAAAGAAGACAGCUUCAUGCUUUACACAUUUCUUGCCAAUAAAAGUACCUCUACACUUAAAGUCGUAACAUUGGAAUUUGAACACUCCACGCGUUUUAAGAUCCUUGAAAGUCUUGGCUGCCAUUUUGCUGGAAUAGAAGCUCAAAGCAUAGAAAGCUCCCACAAGUGCAUAAUGAUGGAGGAGCUCUGCUCAGAGGGAGUGCUCACUGGCUCCCUCAGUUACCAUCUAGAACCAGAGAUGUGCCUCAGGUUUUCAGUAACUUUAGCACUGUUGGAUUUUAUCAGACCAAUGAAAAUGACCACUGAAGAAUUUGGAAAACUUUGGCUCUCCUUUUCUAAUGAUGUCAAACAAAACCUAAAAAUGACAUCCUCUCAGGGAUCUUUAUCGGUAGUUUUAAACACGUUGCAGCAAAAACUAAAGCUACAUGUUGUGGAUAUUAUAGGUAAUGAGGGAAUAGCAGCAUGCCGGCUGCUUCCAUCGGUCCCCUGUUUACUGCAUUGCCGUAUCCAUGCUGGGAUGUUGGCCCUGUGGUUCAGGUCACCUUGUCCUGCUCUUCCAGACUGUUUACUUUAUCAGUGUCAGAAGGUGAUGGGAGAAUCUUGAGGGUGUCUUAGUGCCUACCUUUGGGGCAGUGGUAGGAAGGAAGUUGCAAUUGUGCAGAGGCUUACCGAAACAUACCUGCAUCUGUUCCUGCUUAUAAAGAGUGCUGUUGCGUAAGCAUAGGCCCUGCGUACUCCUGGAGAUGUAUUCUUAGGUGCCUGCCAAAAAAAAAAGAGCUCAGGAUCUAUCAGUCACUGACAAGUGGCCAAAUAAAGUAUGGGUAAUUGUUUGAAUGAGACAUGUCUUGACUAAAAAUAUGUUUGUUCUGUUACGUACUUGACAAAGUCACACUGCUUCAUUCAUAGGAUCCUCUGCUAUUUAAAGAAAUACUUUAAAAGGCUUAUAUUAUUAGGCUGCUUCUUAAGCCUUGUUCACUUUACUUAUGAUUUUUUUUUUAAAUGGCAUCCGAAGCCACCAGUAUUGUUAAUGCAUGGGAAAUGUUGAUUCUGUAACAACCAGUUUCCUGAAUGCUAAAGUAUGGCAGCUUAAGUCAUCCGUCAGGGUGCCUCACAAAGGAUUCACUCUUAUAGGUAAUACGUGGGCGCAGUUUUGCUUUCUCUUUUAUAGCGUUGCAGUUUUUGAUUUGCAAAAAGCUAACUCUCCCCUCCCUCCAAUGGGCUCCAUGGAUGCCAAUCACCUUGAGACCUUUUUCGUUAUGUCCUUAAGAGAUCCUUCCAUGGUGGUUGCUGUUGUAGGAAAUAGGUCUGGGAAAAUGUGACAUAAGAAUUGAACUUCUGUAUGGAGAGCCAGUUUGGUGUAGUGGUUAAGAGCACGGGACUCUAAUCUGGAGAGCUGGGUUUGAUUCCCCACUCCUCCACGAAGCCAGCUGGGUGACCUUGGGCGAGUCACAGUUCUCUGGAGCUCUCUCAGCCCCACCCACCUCACAGGGUGAUUGUUGUGGGGUAAUAAUAACACUUUGUAAACCGCUCUGAGUGGGCAUUAAGUUGUCCUGAAGGGCGGUAUAUAAAUCGAAUGUUAUUAUUAUUAUUAUUAUUAUUAUUAUUAUUAUUAUUUUCAAAUACGUAGCUCAGGGAAAUGUUAACACCCUAAAAAUGCUUAUAGGUGCACCAGGGCCAAACCAGAUGAGGUGUUGGGAGAUUUGGGCCCGUACCUCCCAGUGCUUUUCCAGAUUGGAUUAUCAGGUCCUGGGCCCUGAUUUAGAUCAAGACUGCAACAUGAGGGCAGGGAGUGUGAAGCUCCCUCCCAUUCCAUUUCCUUGAUCUAAAACAACUCCAGGAAACAGCUAUCUGCCCUGUUGGGGUAAAUGUACGGUAUCUUUAUGUUUUCCCAACAGGACAAAAUAGCAGUUCCCUGGGACUGAUUCAGAGCAGGACAGUGGCACAGGGGGGAGAGGUAGCCGAAGCCACCCUCCAUUUCUGCUGUGAUCCCAGUCCAAAUCUGGGCCUCUGCCCCAGGGCUACUGGAUUUCUACAUGUGCCGAGAGCUCCAGACUCAGAAAGCUCAGCAUCUCAUCUGGUUUGCCUCUCGCUCAGCAGCACCCAGCUAGAUGCCAGAGUGUGCGACUUGUGCUGAACUAGCCUCAUCCGAGUCAAUUGCUAAUGCAACCAGUCUGGGGAGCUGAAACUUGAUUUAUGAUGCUUGAGUGUUGCCUGGUGGGUUUUGCACACAAUGCUCUAAAACAUUACUUUCACAAAUCUAUUUGAAAUCUGAUAGCUGUUCUAUGCAGUUCUCUAAAUUCUUGUCGUCACCAACUGUCUGCCUGUCAUUUUUCCCUUCCUGCAUCCAGCAUGCAUCUCUGCUUGGCAAAGUAUCCAAAUUGCCAAAACUGCAGUAUUUUGGGAUUCUUUUAUUUCCUAUCAGUUUUUAAAUUAUUUGCAGAAGCAUCCUCGAGUUUUGAUGUAGCAAAGUCAGCGUAAGGGGAUUAUUGCCUACCAUCUGCAUCCAGGAAACCUUAUUAAAGAGCUGAUGUUUUCUGUGAUGUGGUAAACCUCAAACUUGCUGUGUGGCAGACUAAACCACAAAGAAAUAUUUAUGGCAUAAAAAUAGUAGACAUAUCACCUUUUGGUGGUUUUAUCAUAUGGAAGAAGAGAGUCCAGUUGUGAUGGUGUGUGUGUGUAGGUAUUGUAUAAUGAAUUGUGUAUUAUGUAGAACCUGAACAAAGGUGGGGGGGGGGAAGCCUGGCUGAUUGGAAGGACUGCUGUAGGGAUUUGUGUAUGUGUGUGUGUUUUAUAUAUAGCAGCACAACGUGGUCCCACUGAAUGGUGGGUGUGAGGACGAAUCUUGCCUCUGCCUCAGAAGUGAGGUGGUAGAUGUCUUUUCCAUUCACUUCUAUGCGAGAAAGGAAAGCUGCAGGUUAGACAUUCUGGAGAGGACAUUGCAGGCAAAGAGCAUAAGGAAUAAUAAUAACUGCGUUUAUAUACCGCUGUUCUAGACAAAUUAGUGCCUCAUUCAGUGAACAAGUUAGUGCUGUUAUUAUCCCCACAAUACAGCUGGAGAGCUGGAGCUGAGAGGAAUGGGGUACCCAAGGCCACCUACUGAGCUCAUGGCAGGAGUGGGAUUCGAACCAGUAGAGUGCUGAUUCGCAGCUGAACCACUUCACCACUGUGCUACUACAGCACAGCACAGAAUGCAAUGUGGCCAGCUGCAGAAGCAAGCCAACCAUUUCGCCUCAAUUCCAGAGUUGUCCAAAUAGAGGGCUUGACUAAAAUGCACUGAAAUGUAAUGGUAUUGAAACCAUAGAUAUUAAUGUAUAGAAUCUGUAGUUGACGUUUUGUGUUUAUACAUCAUUGAUGUAAGGGGAACCCUGAGUAUGUUCUUUCCACUUACUGUUCGCACUGUAUCUCGGACUUUAAGGGUAGACCUGAGCAAAACCGAAUGGAUUGCAACAGUUGGGAAAGCUCCCGUUUCUGGCCUAUGCAGUUUUUCUACCAUUUCAGCCGCAUGAUAUUUCGCACUGAUGUUCCACAAUAGCUAUGCCUUUUGCACACUUACAGGAGCUGAGUUCCCUUUUUUACAUUUGGUUUGCAGUUUUUAUAUUCUGAUGUUUUAACUAUUUAUCUGUAAAUGUGCAGAAUUUUGGGAGAACAAUCACAAAACUUAUGUUUUAUAGAACAUAAACGGGGUUGCUUACUUGUACCUGUGGUACACACUGUCUUUAUUUUUAAAUUGUCUACGCAAAUGGUUUCUUUUUUGUUUUCUUUACUCUGUAACUUAAUGAAGUGCAGUGUAAUAAAAUAUC